AUGGAGAACGAUCAGCUUUUGGGUUUAACAGAAGGAGAAGGAACUUCAACGUUGGCAUGUCGAACAUCCCAGAAUAUCUACGCCAUAUCUCUAUGGACAUACAGGUCCUCUUUAGCUCAAUUUUCCUGCACACAUAUGAUGUCUUCCAAGCAGCGCAUUAUUCACUUGAUUCUGGUAGGAAUACCUGGAGAUGUUGCCUGUUUAGUCGUUAAUGCGGAUCCGUGGGCACCAGGAAAUAGAAGGUCUCUUGUCUUGUUCGGGUACUUGAAACCUGCUACACAUUAUACAAUGACAUAUGGAGAACACCAGCUGGAUUCAUGA